AACCAGCCCGGAUCCGCCACCCUCUCCCCGCUCACCUCCCACCGCGUCGCCCCGCUGUCGUGUCGUCGCCGUGCUGUGGCACUUCCCAUGGAGAGUGCACGCCCGCCCAUGUAGGAUGCCUGCCUCGGCCGACGCCCUGCAUCCCCUCCUGCCCGCCGCCGCCACCUCCUCCUCGUCCUCGCGCGCCUCCGCUCUCGCCAACAGUUCAUUGCGGCCCCCAAGGCUGUGCCCCGCCCGUCUCCAACAUGGUGGAUGACAUCAUCAACGCCAACACGUUGGCUUGGCUGGUCUGCUCGGGAGUGUCCAUCCUGGCCAACACGUGGAGCAUCCUCAGCGUCAGCGCCAAGCAGAAGAAGUGGAAGCCGCUGGAGUUCCUCAUCUGCACGCUGGCUGGAACGCACAUCCUCAACAUGGCCAUCCCCAUCACCAUGUACUGCGUCAUCACGCUGCGCCGCCAGCACUCCAACUACGAGUGGAAUGAGGGAUUGUGUAAGGUGUUUGUGUCCACCUUCUACACCCUCACGCUGGUCACCUGCUUCUCCGUCACCUCGCUCUCUUACCACCGAAUGUGGAUGGUACGCUGGCCUGUCAACUACAGGUUGAGCAACACCAAGAAGCAGGCGGUGCACACGGUGAUGGGGAUCUGGAUGGUCUCUUUCAUCCUGUCCACACUCCCAGCAGUGGGCUGGCACGACACAAUCGACCGCUUCUACACCUCCGACUGCCGAUUCAUUGUGACAGAGAUCGGCCUGGGGUUUGGGGUUUGCUUCCUGCUCUUGAUUGGCGGUAGCGUGACCAUGGGUGUGAUCUGCAUCGGCAUUGCUCUCUUCCAGACCUUCUCCAUUCAGGCAGGCCACAAAGCGGACAAGAACAAGUUCAACGUCCCCACCAUUGUGGUGGAGGACGCUCAGGGCAAGCGCAGGUCCUCCAUCGAUGGCUCGGAACCUCUCAAGACUUCACUGCAGAUCACUUACCUGAUCAGCGGUAUUGUCUUCAUCUAUGACUUUCUCACCGGCUUCCCCAUACUGGUGGUGAGCUUUGCCAGUCUCAAGUUCGACCGCUCAUACAACUGGAUGGUUGUGUGUGUGCUCUGGUGCUCCAUUGUGCAGUCCAUCUUGUUGCCCAUGUUCCUGUGGGCCUGUGACCGCUAUCGGGCCGACAUCCGCUUGGUGUGGGACAAGUGCGUGGCCAUCAUGUCCAAUGACGAGGUGGACGAGGAAAACAGCCAAGAUGGAGGAAUUCAUGUCGACUUAAUAUUUGACAGACCAUAUGACUAUAGCUCAGCGCCUGAAAUCGUGACCGUAGACCGUAAUGCCAAGUAUGAGUUCUCAACCUUAGAAAGGGGGGUCCCGCAAGGGUAUCCAGUGAGGGAACAGCAGGAAGAUAAAAUGCAGUAUUUGCAGGUGCCCCCUACAAGAAGAUACUCCCACGACGAAACCGACAUGUGGACCAUCGACCGGAUCCCCCCCUCCUACCUUCACCGGUGGGGCUCCAGCGAGGACAUGAUAGUGAGUGGCCGCUACAGCUCCACCUUGCCGCGCCGCGAGAGGCGCAGGAACAGCCUGGUCUCCUACCACGAGGAGAGCCACCAUCAUCACCACCGGCACCUCCAUCGCAAGCGGCGGCGCUCUGAGGACACGCACUCCCUCAAGCACCUGCCGCGCGUGGCGUGCGGCGCCUACGACUACCGCGACGACGACCCGCGCUGCUUCAGCCGCGACGAGGUCAUCAACUUUAUCGACGAGACGCCGCUGCCAAGCCCCAGGAAGAGCCCGCGGCGCGCGUCCUGCACCGUCGCCCUCAUCCCCAGCGUGUACGAGCGCCACGCCGUCCUCCUGCCUCACUUUGCACUCACCGACUUUGAACGGGAGCCUCAAGCGCUCCGGCGCUUCUCGGAACACAAAAGCGCCGCGAUGAGCUCACCCGACGGGACCGGCGGUCACGGGAGCUGCGGCAAAGGUGGUCGGGGGGUGGGCUCGCCUGUGGGGGGCACCCGACAGACUCCCCCACCUUCUUGCAGGUCCAAGGCGGGGGUUUCGGCAGCCGACUGGGGCCAGCACAAGCAGGCGAGCUUGGGGGAGAGUAAAGGAGGCACAAACAGUUUUGUAAGCUCACCCUCGGCAUCCUCAUCGGGAUAUAUCACAUUUCACUCGGAUUCUGUUGGUUCCGCUUCCUGAAACAACAACAACAUUAACAUUUCCCCUCUAAAUUCUGAUACUUUUUUUUUUCUUCAUCACGUACUCAAGCCUUCCCUGCUUUUUUGAAAUGUGUGCAUCCGCUGCUUAACCCUCCUGUUAGGUCCGUUUCUAUGGUCCACCAAAAAUGUUCAUUCGUCAAGGUGACCGGCCGCAUGCUUAAACCUCAACAAAACCAAUUUCCAAAAAACACAUUCAAUUUCUUGCUCCCAGGAAUGAAAUGAAUGAGUCUCCAGCACGUAAGAUUUAUACGGGCUAUUCUGAAAGUCGCUGUGCACUGUUACUUAACAAUGUAGACGACAAGAGGCAAGUCACCUUGUGUUUCACCCAUUUUACAAUCACUUUUAAAGUCACUGUGUUGAAAAUAACCCAAAAUGGCUGCAAUAGCGAACCCCAAAGUGUCCAAAAGCGACUUAACUCAUGCUGUUUGUUUUGUUUGUUUUUGUUUUUGACUGCAUUGACACCUACCUGCACGUUGGGUCAAGAUUUUGAUCCAAUGAAGGGGGGGUAAGUAAAAACGACCCACACGGAUGAAUUAUAGCUACCAAGAAAUGAGUCACCAGUUUAUCAGUACAGCUGUGGUUUAAAAUAAUAAAUGUAUUACUAAUAUUUUCAAAGAAGCAGUGACUUCUCCCUGUCAGUUUGAUGGGGCUUUUUUGUUUUUUUAAACACCGAAUACAGUACUCUUCUGUUCACAACCCAACUAUUUUCUGGGAAUGGGCCAUCUGCCCUGACGAGAAUUUGAAUCUGCCUCCUUGUGUUCAAAGUCAGCGGCGUUACCCACUGAUCCACCCCGCUGCCACUGUCAUUUAAGAAUAUUUAUUUAAAAAAAAAAUACUUCAACUUGAGUACACCAAAAGCCACGACCAGAUUCAACUCUUCAGCUCGGCCAAAUCCAAUCUUCAACCUGACCUGCUGGGUCAAAAAAAUUAACCCAACCUUGGGUAAUAGGAUCCCAAUCUUCUGAAACUUCACAGCUGCUCGGCUAGUGGGUUAGGAAGCACAACACACCAUUUGUUUAUUUUUUGAGGGGCUGUCAGAAUAAUCUUAUGCCACAACCAACAAAAAUUGUGCCAGAAAAAUACUGAAGAGUCUUGUCCCAAUUUACUCACAAAUGUAUGUACCGAGUGUGAAAUUUGGGCCUAUUCUAAUGAACACAAAGGUGAUGUACAAACAGGAAGUCAUGACUUAUUCUGUUGUUUAAAAGGCAAUGGUCGGUUACGCAGGUUGACUGUACCUCUUGCUAGCUCGUGGAAGAGCACUUCAAGUUUCUGCUUGUCACUAUGCAUUGCUGGGAUGGAUGAAUCAGAAUUAAGUGUCCUUCUCGCUUAUCGUGUUUCGACAGAAUACCAGCGGUACAUAGUUGUAUUCUAAAAGCAGGUCAUUUUUAACAGCACAUGUGUACCUCUUGUAAUUUAUAGUGAAACAUGUCUGUUAAUAUAAAUGUAAGCUCAUAUUUUGACAUACUGUAUGUUCUUUCUGUCGUAGGGCUGCGGGGCGGGUUCCAACUUCUUUUGAUAGUGUCACAAUAGUUAUGGUUUCUUUUUGUAAUGCGGGUUAUUAUGUAAAUUGCACGCGAUGGAGCUGUAUGCCAAACAUCACGCUUCAGUUUGCAUCUUGGGUUUCAAUUUUUCAAAAAAAGUAUCAGCGGCACAAUAAUAAUGAUCACGUCCCAAGCCACAAAAAAAAAAAAAAUCUGCUUGCUCAAUGUGAAAUCUGGGCCAAGGUAACUGACAGUUGAAAUUAGUGUUUGACAUUUAAUUGACUAUUUAAAAAAUAUAUAUGUUUCAAAGGAAAAUUUGUUGAUAGUUUUAAACCUUUGAAGAAUAUAACAGGAGGGUUAACUAUCCAUCUCCCCUUCAUGUCAUCAUUGUGGAACGGUGGCUCUUCACCUUUCACUUUCCAGAAGCUUCAUCGACGUUUAUUUUGCUCCAGCACAAGUGGAUUUUUUUCUAGACGUCUUCUUUUUCCUCUUUGAUGUUGCUCCCUGUAAAAUGCUGAUUAUAUGCAUUUUUUUUUCCUUGACACUUUUUUAAAAUUUCCACCAAUUACUGUAGAGCAGCUUUUGUUUCCCGAUGGAUUCUUUCCGACUCACAUAAUACAUUCUCCAUAUUUAUGUUUGGUUACAAUGUACAACUUGUUCCCAAACUGUACAAGACCAUUUUUCAAGUUUAGAGUGGCGGUCCCAACCUCUGCCGUGGAUUACCAUCAAAUGUGAGGCCGCCAAAUUACUUCUGACAAAGCUGAAGCCAACAUUCAUUAAUUCCUUUCCAUGUGAAAGGUUUGGAAAAAAAAAAAAGCGUCCAACAGCACGGUUCUACUACUGCAGGCUGACUCGGCAUAGCAGCAUUGCACUCAAAAUUGCUCGGGCAUCGUCAUCGAUGACAAAAAUAAAAAAAUUUAGCAAUGAAAAUGACGGAUGGCAAAGAGAUUGCACAACAGCAUAUGCAAAUGAGGAAUGAAUAUCAAGGGUUACGUGGAACCGUUAUCCAAUAGUUGCACGUUUGUCCAUCUUAUUGUCUUCUUAUCCAAUGUUUUCUUCCCUAUUAGUGCACGUUCAUCAUUGCGUUCUCAUCACAUCCCCGUUUUCAGAAGCCGUUGACUUUCUAUUGUAUUUACAAAUCUGAAUAUAUCAUUUUGUAACAUAUUCCAAAAUUCACGAGUCGAUGAAUGAUGUUUAAUUGUUAUGAGUUCUUAGAUGACUUUGUUUGGAAAAAAAAAGGUUGUGACUGAGUAAAUGCAAAAGAUUA